GCCCGCUCCCGCUCCUUCACCUUUCACCUGCUGCUCCCUCUCCUCGUCCGACUGCGCUCCAUUUCCGGCAGAUAGCGCGCCAGGCCUAGCGCGACACGGCGUAACCACCUGCGCAGCGCUCACGGCAACGAAGCCCAACGUCAUCGCCCUAUGCGCCCUUCAUUGCGAAUCUUCCGCACCCAACAGAUCUCGCCUACGCUUCUCGUGCCCUGAAGACGACCCUCAUCUCUCCACGCCUCGUCCUCCCUCCCGCCCGCCAUCCCCUUGCCGCCGAUACAUCGUGCGACACGCUUACCACGCACUGCAUUGCGCCCUGUCAGACGUCCGACUCCUAGCAGCAACAUACUCCGAACGCCUGUCUCGCCCAGUCCACUCACAAACCCGCGACGCAGCCCCGAGAAGCUCUUGGUUUGCACCCCACAAUAGCCCCGGAACUUCCCCGGAGUCGUCUCGAGCUGACCGAGACAUCGGACAGAUAUCCCCAUCGACUGUCACGCCUCGCGCCUGCCCUCUACCCGCCGCGC